UCUGAUUGGUGAAACUCCUGUGGACCCAGACGGAUUGUGGGCGUGUUUAAUUCGUUCCCAUGGCGCGACUGUCACUCACUUGAGCGAAACGUUAACAUCACUUAGACAUUUUGACAAAGCCAUUCCGAUGAAUACAAUAUUAAGUAUUUAUUUUAGUAAUUAACAACAAUGGAUGCUAUUUUUAAGGCGUUGUUUUCUUCUGAAGAUGGAGAAUUGUACAUAUUGGAUUGUUUAUCCUACUUCAUGAUGCUUAUGGCUUUCGUUACUUUCGUCGCUUUACUCUUUGUAAACGUGCCCUAUGGCAGGUAUGCAUCCACCAGGUAUGGAUUUCCUGUAAAUGUCAAAUUCGCCUGGUUCGUCCAGGAACUACCAGCCUUUCUUGUACCUCUGGGAUUGAUGCUGAGUUCUUGUGCAAGGAUAACACACCUGCCCAACCAGCUACUUCUGGUGAUGUACCUAUGCCAUUAUUUUCAAAGGUCCCUCAUCUUCCCAUUUUUAAUUCGAGGAGGGAAAUCAACACCGUUCAUCUCAUUUGCCCUGGCCUUUGUCUUCUGCAUCUAUAAUGGGUACCUGCAGACAAGAUACCUGAGUCACUAUGCAGAAUACCCACCAGAUUGGGUUACACAUCCUUAUUUCAUUAUAGGGUCUUGUCUGUGGCUCGUGGGAUGGAUCAUUAACAUUCAUUCUGACCAUAUCCUCAGGAACCUCCGUAAACCUGGAGAGACCGGCUAUAAGAUACCUAAAGGAGGCAUGUUUAAGUAUGUGUCAGGAGCAAACUUCUUGGGUGAGGUUGUAGAAUGGACUGGGUUUGCUAUUGCGGCUCACUCAAUCCACAGUGCCGCCUUUGCCAUCUUCACUCUUGUUGUGCUGUCCAGCAGAGCUUUGGCUCACCAUAAGUGGUAUCUUGCGAAAUUUGAAGACUAUCCAAAAUCAAGAAAAGCAUUAAUACCGUUUGUGUUCUAAUCUCUGUACAGUAUAAGCCUCCUUACUACACAAUGUUUACAUUGUUUCAUAGACUUUUUAAGAAAGGAAGAAACACCAUUGUAAAACCAUAUUAUAUACAAAUCGGCUGACAGAUGCAUAUAUAUUUAAAAACCUCCCUAUUUGUUACUCCUUUAAGACAUUGUGUCCGACAAACAUGGAAGCUGCAGUCGCAUUUCGUCACAUAUGAGCAAUGGGUAAGGGCUGCCAGUUCUUGUCAGAAAAGACAAACAUGAUUCAUUAGCUGGAAAGCAAGUGCGCAUAAGCCAUGUGCUUCAGAUGUGUGACAGCAGCAGAUUCAUUUAUCAUCAUCAUCAUAUAGAUUUUUUUCUAAAUUUUCAUACCGAGUUAGCAUUUCUGUCAGAUUAAAUGGAUAGCAUUUUUCUUUAGCAGCUUUCUAAUCCCCCAUAUCUUUCAAGGUCUAGAAAUUGUUAAAAAAGUCCAUGUGCCUACUGCCUACAGUGGAUUAAUCUUUAUUUCCAUAUCAGUCUCUGAUGUGCAUUUACGAGAGCAUCACAGCCCUGACAAUGACGCAUGCCAUAAAUUGGCAGGUGCCGCCACAUUGGUCCGGGGAUGAGCGCACCAUAAACAGAAGUAAAUGGGGGUGGUGUGUUUUUUUCUGCAAAAAUGCACAAUAACGUAUUGCAUCAGUGGACCAAAGUGCUGAAAGACACCUCUAGGCAGUGUUGGGGAAAGUUACUUUUAAAGUAAUGCAUUACAAUAUUAAGUUACUCCCCAAAAAAGUAACUAAUUGCAUUACUUAGUUACUUUUCAUGGAAAGUAAUGCUUACGUUACUUUUAAGUUACUUUUGCGUUACUUUUUCUUACUUGGCUGAGGCUUGAUCUCUUUCAGCCCUUUGUAGGUGCUUUUUAUGAUCGCAAAAAUGUCGAGCUCUGGCCUGCCAUCUCCGUUUCUGACUCAAACUGUUCCUGCUCAGGCGCACAGAGUGCAUAAAUCUACAUAAAUAUGUUCAGUUUAAGUCAGUACAUUAUUUUAUUUUUAAAUUGAAUUAAUUAAAUUGAAAAGUAACUCGCAUUACUUUUUAAAAAAAGUAACUAAAAUAUUAAUGUGUACCUUCAUAAAGUAAUGCGUACUUUACUUGUUACUUCAGAAAAGUAAUAUUAUUGCAUAAUGCGCGUUACUUGUAAUGCGUUACCCCAACACUGCCUCUAGGCAUUAAUUAUGUCUAUGUGCAUGUGGUGCUUGAUGCAGGAGGUCAGAGUUCACAACAUGUGUGUGAAUGCAUGUCGGAGACAAAUACGGAGGAAAAGAAAAUGUCGAAUAAAGAAUAAAGUUUCUUGCGCACAAAUUAUUCUUAAAUGAAGAACAACUGCAGGCACACAGGCUAUUUUAACAAUGUCUUUACUGCUUUACUGGGUCUGCGUAAAGAGUCAAUUAUAGUUGUGUGUAAGUUCCAUGCCUUAGCUACGCCGUAGGCUAUGCAUAGGCUUUAGAAAGCCUACAAUUUAAUAAAGCGCCUGUUCUACGCGGACCCGCAAGCACUGUGAUUGGUCCACUAGAACCCCUCCCAUCAGGACAAAAAAGUUUGAGUUAAAUCACUCCUCAACUUGGCCCAUCUUUGUUCUUACUGUGACAGGCGGAAAUGCCUAUGAAGAAAUGCGACACCGAUUUUUUUUUUACCUGAUGGGAGGGGUUCUAGCAGACCAAUCACAGUGCUUACGGUCUGCGUAGAACGGUCGCAUUGUUACAUUUUUGGCGAGGCGUGCGUCAGGCUACACAGAGCUACGCACAGCCUACGGCGUAGAACCUUGUACAGUGGUUGUGUUCACACACUGCCAACACACAUUUCUGUCCAAACACCUUGUAAAAGUGGAUUUCGCAUAAUAGGUGCCCUUUAAAAGGGUACUGGGAACUUUCAGGCAUAUGGCUGAGGUGAUAGGUCAGCACAUGAAGCUGUCAAAAUAAAGUAUUUCGAUCAAUAACAAAACAUAUACCAAGUGGGGGUGCUGCUGUCAAGGACAUAAAAGAUGUUUGAACCGGGUACCAUGCCUUAAAAGGACCGCUACAGUUAUUUAUGGAUAAAAUGCCUGAUUUUAUGAGGUGAUGUCAGUAUUUGUCAUUUACAUCUGUAAGGUAUGUAUGUAAAAGUUGAUGUUUUUACACUAUUUUUUUUUGUAGUGAAAAAUAAAGAAAAAUUAUUUAAAAAAAAAAACAAUUAUGUCAAUGAUUCAUGUGAACCUCGCUCACAAUUGCAGUAGCUACAUCUGUUUUGUAUAUAUUUUGUUUGUGACAUCAUCCUUUACCAUUGCUGACACGUAUUGACUCGUAUGCUGUACUUAUGCCUUUAAGGGAUAACACAUAUAACAUGUCAAGAGUUAUGUGUUCUGUGUGUCAAUGCUGUCAGCAAGAAAAUUAGCUUGCCUUAGGUUUGUUUAUCUCUGAAUUGGGGAAGGUCAUAUGAAUUAUUAUUAAUCUAAUUCAAGGAAUCAAUUGUUUCUGUUUUUUAUCAUUUGGAUUAAAGAUUUUCUUUUUAAACACAUGCAUCUGAUGUAAUUCUACAGAAAUCAUCAACAACUUUUAUGUAUUGACAUAUAAUUUAUCUAAACAUACUCUCUGUUUUAGUUUAUUCCCCUUAGCGUGCAUGAUCAAUCUAGAUCUGAGUUGAGGCGAGUAGUAUUUAACUGUUCUUUGGGGAAAUAACCGGGCAGCCACAGGCAAAGCAAUGAAGAAAUGCCCUUGCAAACCACACAACUCUAUUUGCAGCACUUUUUGAUUUAUAUGGGAGCAUGCAGAAGACAUUAGAAAGUGUAACAUUUAACAUAACACACACCUCUGUGCCUUCCAGCAAAGUGAUCUCUUUAUGCACUGCUGCAUGUAGUGUGAUAGUGUGACAGCACUGCCGAGAUGCAAAGGGCACGAGACGUGAGUGUUCUGCGAGGAGCUCCCCCCUCUUGCUGCACGUGAACUGAAGACCAAGCGUACAUUACGUAACCACCGUGGGAGGAGCUUAUAGUAAUACUUAUCUAAUUUAGUCAUAGUAAAAAAAUUGC